AUGUCUCAAUCAACUCCCACUCAGACCAACGCUGACAAGGACGGACUCUUCAUCCGCCAAGUCUACCUCCGAGGUCAACUCGCACCUGCGUUCCAACCACCCACAAAGACAUGCCCACGCUGCUCCAAGUCCUUCCAAAGCGUGAGAGUAAUGUGCCUACACUGCCUCAAAGCGGUGGCCAUCAAGAAUGAUAACGACGCUCGAGAUCGCAGCAGAGAUACAUAUCUCGAUGCAUGUGAGACGUGCAAGAAGACUACUCUUCACCUCGGACCAAGCUGGUGCAUCCCUUGCUAUGCUGUCCCGAAUAAUACAUUUCCUGUGUAUUGCGAGGAAUGUGUCGUGCAGAAUGAUGUUCCCAUUCAGGUACGAGAUGACAAGGGUGGGUUUGUAGAUAUGCUCAAGGUAAGCAGUCUUUGGUGCGUUCAGUGUCAGGGUCUUGCAGAUUCGUGGGUGAGAAUCGAUGCUUGA